ACCACCACAUCCUCCCUCUUCCCUCACGUGCGCGUUCGCUUUCGUUGUCUGUGGCGCUGUCUCCUCGUGUGAUAUUGGGCAGAGCACAUUGUGUGCGACGACGAAUUGCCCUGCCGUGCCUAUUGUGUUCUGCACAACGUCGCGAGACUCGCCCGUCCUUGCCUGGACACACCACCCGCCAGCAUGGCGCGCCGACCAAUUCGCCUGCGACUAACGCGAACGGCAGAAAAUACGCCCAAAACCUACGACGACGCACCAGAGGAAGAUGAGACCAUGCCUGAUGCCACGAACGAGGAGGUCCCCAUCCCCGAAGACGACGACAAGGACUCGGAGCACGUAGAAGACAACGACGAUGAGGAGGACGAAGACGACAAGGCUAGCAGAGACGGCGAUUCAGAUGGUGAGAAGGAUGGAGAAGAGGAGGAGGAGGAGGAGGACAAGGGCGGAGAGCCCGCUCCUCCACCACCGCAGCGUGAGCGAUCACCUCUACCAGCGGGCAUGGUGCGCAGGAAGCGCCUGGGUCGGCCACCAAAGAACAAGCCUCCAGACUGGGAUCCCAUGGUCGUCGUGCCGUACGAUGAAGCCCGCGACACGCCGCGUCGCCGUGGGCGCGGUGGCUACCGCGGUCGUGGUGGACGAAAGGGCGGUCCCUCUGCGCCCAAGGCAGAGCAGGUCAUCGACGCUGAGGGGACGAUUGCCGAGAUUGCCAACGAUGAGUGCGUUCUUCCCGAGGAUCCAGAGGGAGAGCAGAAAGUCGACAAGAACGGAAAUCUGUCGGGCGGGCGAGACUAUCGUUGCCGUGUCUUCACCGUCCUGGGAAGGGGAGAGAGGCUGUACAUGUUGUCCACCGAGCCCGCCCGCUGCGUGGGCUUCCGGGACAGCUAUCUCUUCUUCACAAAGCAUCGCAAGCUGCACAAGAUCAUCGUCGAUGAUGACGAGAAGCGUGACAUGAUUGAGCGGGAUAUCAUCCCGCACUCAUACAAGGGACGCUCCAUAGGUAUCGUCACGGCGCGGUCGGUCUUCCGCGAGUUUGGUGCGCGCAUUAUCAUCGGCGGCAAGCGCAUCGUCGAUGACUACAACGUGGCCCAGGCGAGGGCGGACGGCGUGGUGGAGGGACAGCUUGCUGACCCUGACGACCGCUUCAACCCUUCCGAGCCGUACAACAAGAACCAGUACGUCGCCUGGCACGGCGCCAGUGCGGUGUACCACACGCAGACGCCAUCGGUGCCAGUGCCGAAUGGCAAGCCGCAGUAUGCCAAGCGCAAGGUCAACCUGAAUGAUAUGAACUGGAUGUUUGAGCACGCGCGGGAGGCAAGCAUCUUCAACGCCAGGAUCAACGAAAUCCGCAAGCUCAACAAUGCUGGCGUCUACGACAUCCACACGAAUACCAUGCACUAUCCCAAGAUGAUGCAGCCAACGCGGGCUCGCAUCGAGCAGGUCCCCGUGGACGAGGAGGACAAGGCUAGCGCAGAAGAUACCAUCUUUACGCCUGUCCCAGCCAAAGUGGCCAAGAACUUCUUUGUUACGGACACGUACCUUGAGAUCCCACCCGCGGGUCUUUCAAAGGGCGCCUACGAACACAGGGAUCCCCACGACCCGCUGGCGUCCUUCAAUGGCUUGGGCGUUGUGCCCGACGAGAUCAAGAGUCUGCUCCCUCCCGAAUGCCGCAAGGCCUUUGACACUGCCCUGGACCACGAGACGGAAUGGAAGUCGAGAUGGGGCGCGGAGAGCAAAACCAUGUCCAGGAGAGAACCUGUCAUCGACAAAGCCAUUGUUCCUUACAGCAUGUCCUAGACAGACGGCGGUCAGGUCAAGGUCAGGUCUAGAUAGUGCUGACGGUGGUCAACAUCACGGCAAUGGGAAUGGCGUCAGCAAG